UCAAUUAUAUUUGCGAGAAGAGGAAUGUGCUUGUGUUUUAUAAAAAAGUUUUCGAACUCUGGAUUUUUUUGUUAAAAAAAAAUAUAUAUAAUAUAAAUUCAUUAAAAAAAUCUAUAAUUUAUCACAUAUUUGCCUCAUUAAUGUUAUCUAGUUUAUUUUAAAAAAAAGUUUAUCACAUUCGUAAAGCAAUUAAUUGACGACGAAAUAUCAAUUCGAAAAACAACCGGCGCAAAAAAAAAAAACACAAAAUUUCCGACAAAAAUAAAAUGCGUUCCAAGAAGGGAUCCACAGAAACGAAGAGUGUCGAAGGCGGCGAAGACCCAAAGAAAGCCUCAUCCACGCCUCCCACAGAUGAAGAGUCUUCCGAAGAAGAAUACGCUGUCGAAAAAGUCGUAGACCGAAGGACGCGCAAGGGAAAGAUUGAGUAUUUUCUAAAAUGGAAAGGCUAUCCGGAUGAGGACAACACUUGGGAGCCAGUUGAGAAUCUCGAUUGCAAAGAUUUGAUUGCUACUUACGAAGCUGAUCGCAAGAAGCGCGAAGAGGAGGCAGCUGAGAGCAGCUCAACAAAAUCAGAUAAGGCAAAGCCAGCAUCGACUGCUAAACCCGGCUCAAAACGCAAGUCCGAUGAAACAACAAAUUCAAAGGAAAAAGUCAACAAUACGUCAACAUCAACGUCGGCUAAACGAAAAAAAGCUGACGAUCACAACCAGGACUCGAACAACAGUACGGCGACAAACAACACAGCAACAAAUAACAAAAAGAAAGGACGAAGAGAGUCAUCAAAAUCCGAUUCGGAUAAUGAUUCACCAGUAAAUGAUGCAAUCGGAGCAAUGAAACCCGAAAAGAAUGGCUUCGAACGCGGACUCGAUCCGGAGAAAAUUCUCGGAGCAUCAGACUCCACCGGAAAGCUUACCUUCCUCAUUCAAUUUAAGGGCGUCGAUCAAGCCGAACUCGUGCCGGCUACCAUUGCCAACAUCAAAUGUCCUCAACUGGUGAUAAAAUUCUAUGAAGAGCGACUGUCGUGGUAUUCGGACGGUGAAGAUUAAACACGUUUACAAUGCGUGUCCACAUUACAAGUGACGAGGAUUGUCCACGUCCAAGUUAUAGUUAUAUAAUAAAAUAUAAACAAAAAUCAAUUUGUAUACUUUCCAAAAUGUUAUCAAUCAUACAAAUCUGGAGGCAUACAUCAUAACAAAACAAAAACAAAAAAUCAUAACGCGGAAUAACCUUCCUCACGACAAAAAACAUUUCAAUUUUAUUUAAUUCUUCUAACUCCUCUUGCAAAUCAAAGAGAACUUAGAACAACAAGCAAAUCAACACCAACUAAUAGAAACUAAGCCUAUAUCGAUGAAUAAACAAAUUUGUCGUUUAUAGGACAAAAACUGCUCCUGAAAAAAAAAAAACAACAAA